CUCGAAGAAAUGACAUUCACUUUCCUUUCUUCUACCCGCGCUUGAAGAGAAGGCGAACAGAAAACAGAGUUAUUGCAGAGCUCACGGCCCUUUGAUUUUCCCAUUCGUUCUCCUUAUAAACCCAUCUUUAAGUGAAAUCCAUUACAGGAAUUUGUUCUGUUUGUAAGGUUUUUUUAGAUUGUCGGAUCGUUGAGACAUGGGUAUGCUGGUUGUGGUUGUGGUGUUUGUCCUUGAUUUGGUUGCUUUUGCCCUUGCUGUUGCUGCAGAGCAAAGAAGAACCACUGCCACGGUGGUUCAAUCAGGCAAUUCUAAAUUCUGUGCCUAUGACUCUGAUAUUGCAACUGGCUUAGGUGUGGGUUCACUUCUGGUCCUGUUUGCCAGCCAAGUGAUCGUUAUGGUGGCAAGUCGAUGCUUAUGCUGUGGGAAAGCUUUGCGACCGAGCGGUUCGAGGGCUUGGGCAAUUACCCUUUUCAUCACUUGCUGGGUAUGUUUUCUCAUUGCUGAGAUCUGUCUGUUGGCUGCUUCGGUUCGAAAUGCGUACCAUACCAAGUAUGUGAGUUCUAUAAUGAACGAGCGAAUUUCGUGCAAGAUGCUGAGGAGAGGAGUGUUCGGGGCUGGGGCUGCUUUUAUCGUCUUCACAUGUGUAGCAUCAGAGCUGUUCUAUAUUAGCUUUUCCAAGGCUCAUAACCAGACGUCCUCCUUUGCUAAGGACACUGGCAUUAGAAUGGCAAGCAUAUAGAAGGCUAGGAGCUUCUUUAUCAAUUUGGGAUUUAUAGGAUUUUGGUAUGUGUGACUUGUUGAUAUGAAAAAUGAACAACUGAGAGAGAUAGGUUACUUGUUGAACUCAGAUGUACAAAUAUGAUCAUUUUAUAGUUGAGUGAAGAUUUCAUGUGGUGGUUUGUGUUA